CAUAACUGGCCGAUGUCCUUGUACUUUAUAUCAGGAAGGGUGUUUAAAAGUCCUUGGAAAAAAUAAAUCAUUUCAUUGCAUCUCUAAUGUUAAAAUUUGAGGACAGUGUAUUUUUGGGGAGGCGGGUAGGAAGGGGCUGCACUGAUUUUGAUGAAGCGGGGUAUCGCUUGAGGAGACGUCUGCAGGCUUGCCUAAUUUGGAAAGAGGCACAGGUAAAGCAUUAUUUCCUGGAUAUGGGUGUGGAUUCUAAAGGGGUGGCCUGUUGCUGAAAGUCAGUUUACCUUACUGUUACAGUCAUAAUGGCUGUUGGAAGCACAAUUCCGAACCCAGGUAGUUUAUCAGGGGCGUCAAGGUGCUCAUUUAACGUUAGAAUUCUCUUCUUUUUUACUGACAGUCUGUUUUCUGUCUAAAGGGAGGGCCUGCUGAAAAAAAAGCGAUUAUUGUGUCAUACAGCACCACCUUCCCUCCUGAGCCCCUCCUUCCCAUGUGCUGCAUGCCUCCACUCUCUUUCCCAGUGGCUCACAUUGGUAGUCCUACACGGCAGAGGUACAGAGGGGCUCAAACAGGCGCGCACACAGAGGGGCGCUCGUUGGUGCGCACCGCUGACUUUCCUAUUACUUUUUCAUACAUAAGGAUUCUGACAGCUGCUGGCCCUUGCCGGACCUGCUGCUUCUCUCCCUUGGCCCAAGGAGAGAACACGCGACCACCAGCAUCCAUCAGAACUAACCUGGGGACCCUGCUUCUGUUUGUCGUUCAUCCGCCUACUGCUGCAGUUGGAGAAUGAUACUGGGUGGCAUAAACCGGAUUGGGACAGUCCCCACCAUCCUGAGGACACCUGCCACCAUGAUACAACCCACACUGGACCUAAAGUCAUUUUUGCAGUUCCCAGUUGAAGGACCACCAGCUAUCAGCCUGUUUCCAAACUUCAGUCACAUAAGGCCUCGAUCCCUAGAGCCUGCCAGCACUGCAGGGCAUUUCUGGAUGGAUCCGGUGCAAAAGGCUGUAAUAAGUCAUACCUUUGGGUUUCCAUUAAUAAAAACAAAACGGCCAGUCAUAUCUUGCAAUGUCUGUCAAAUUCGCUUCAAUUCUGAGAACAUUCAGUGCGAUGGAGUGCACCAUCUACAGGACAGACAGUACAAACAGAACCAGGCUGAGGCGCAUUACAAAGGGAACAGGCAUGCCCGGCGGGUGAAGGGGAUUGAAGCAUCCAAAACCAAGCAAAAAGAUUCAGCAACCAGUACGAGUGAACAUAGCAGCAGCACUGAGACCAGCUUAAACUGCAGUCCAACUGAACCAUAUCCACCAGGUCAGCAGCAACAGAUGUCACCAGUCUCAAACGGUUCUUCUGCUGCACAACAAACAAUAUCCAUCUCCUGCAUGCUUCAGCGAAGUACUAUUGCUGCAACAACAUCAGUAUCUAUGAUGCCUACUACUCAAAUUUCUGAGACGAUCCAUAGUGCAGUUCAAGUAAAUGGGCCAACAAACGAAGCAUCCACAGCUAUAGGGGCACCAGCUAUUAACGGGAAUGUAGCAGUUGCAAACUCAGUAUCCGAGGAGGACAAAGCCAAGAAGCUGCUAUACUGUUCUGUCUGCAAAGUGGCUGUUAACUCACUGUCACAGCUGGAGGCACACAACAAAGGCACCAAACAUAAGACCAUCCUGGAGGCUCGCAGUGGCUUAGGCCCUAUAAAGUCCUACCCCCGGCUGGUUUUGCGAUCCAAUGGAGAGUUAGGUUUCCAAGACCCCAAUGUUCAAGAGCGGACAUUUCACUGUGAAAUCUGCAAUGUGAAGGUGAAUUCUGAAGUUCAGCUUAAGCAGCACAUUUCAAGUAGAAGGCACAGAGAUGGUGUCGCAGGGAAGCCCAACCCUCUCCUAAGCCGGCACAAAAAACUGCGGACUGCCUCUGAUCUAACUACGAGCCUGGCAUUCCAUAAAGAGUUUCCAAAAACUUUGACCACUGGACUUUUUCCAAAUCCUCUUGUAGCUGCAGCAAUGGCAGCUGCUUCAUCUAACCCCCUGUCAUUACGCACAUCUGCUCCACUCAUACAAGCACCACCGCUCACACACCACCUGCUGCGGCCUGCUCCAGGACCCAUCCGGACUUCUCACUGCCCCAUUCUCUUUGCUCCUUACUGAGGAUAAAUACCUUGCAAUACACUUGAAAUUUGCAGACUGACUGGUAUGAAUAGAAUCUCAGCACUAUAUAUCUUACAGACUGCUACUUAACCUUCAGACAUGCUGGAGUGUUUCACACAUACAUUUGUAUAUGUGUGGUUCAAACACAUCUUCUAGACCAGUUACAUGUGAACAUCAGUCUACAGUGGGACAAUAAAACUGCAAAGCUGUGUAUGGGGUGGUUUGAAUGUAACCCCUUAUGAAUUUCCUCUCCCUUAAGAAAUGUUAUACUACUUAAAGGUAUAAGGCACUGUAAGGUCUCCUUAGAAACACCCCACUUCAAUCAUUCUGAGUCUCUUUGGUGUCUAAGAAGUCCUCAAGUUAUUUGUGUAAGUCAGUCUUACACUUUUUUUUUCAGGGAAAACUUUGUCAGGUACAGGGGGUGGCAAGUUACAUCUGGGGCAUUAAGAAGAUGGUCAAUAAAGUUGUCUGUUAUGAAAAAUGUGUAUUGGGUCAUAUAACAAAAUGUAUAUUUGAUAUAUCUAAUGAGUGGUCAGUGGAGCCACUAUAGCUAGUGGUGAAUGAGAAUCCAAUGUAACAAUGGCAGUUUGGCACUUAGGGUACUGCAGUUUGCAAACUGUGGUUACACUUUUAUCUACAAGUACUAACCUCAUUAUUUGUUUCAAAUUCACAAUUGAUAUAAUGUAUAAUGUAACAGUAGUAUCGAUGCGAAAGUUAUAGUGUGAGGGAAACAGCAAGAUUUCACAUCCAUUUUGUGACAUUUGUAUUUUUAAGGUGUACUAGUACAAAGGCCCUAUGCUCACCUUAUUAAAAAAAUAGUAUGCAGAUGUCAUACCAGCAUAUGCACACUACAUGAGACCUAAAAAAGUCUUCCCAAAAUAAGGGUCUUUAUGCUGAGCUCACUUUGAAUCCAAGUGAAGCCUUCAUCGGCCUCCAUAAGGACUGUGACAUGAAGAUGUUAGUGAGUAUAUGAAUGUGGAAUAUGCAUGGAAAUCUAUAUACUGGUAUCUGCUAAAACUGCAGCAACUUUCUUUACUCUUAGAAGUGAAUGUUCUACUAAGUUUAAUUUUAACAGGGUACUGAUUUGAGUAUCAGGGAUAUCAGCUUCCGUUUAGGAAAAAAAAGUGAAAACAGCCGAUUGUGCAACUAUAUUACAGAAUUUGUCACCAAAGUCAUGACGUCUAACCCCUACGUCUUUUUUUUCUCAUUACUUUUCAAUGAAUGUUUUGUGUAUGUGGGGUGGGUGUGCGUGUGUGUGCAAUCUGUUUGUGGUUAUUGAAAAAGCUAAUGACUCAUCUGCACCAUUAAGAAGUCAUUAAAUAAUAGAUUAAAAUUAGAAGCAGUUGCAGAUGAAGUUAGGCAUGGAUACGUCGGGGAAAGUAUGACAUUGCUACUCCUCAAGCAUUGCUAUAUACCUUAGACUAAACAUGAAUUAAUUAGUUCCCAUCAAUGCCUUCACCUCUUAUAGUAAUGAGUAAAAUACAAUGCCUUGAAGGAAAUGGCCACAUUGUGGGGAGGCACAAAGUAAGAGUUGCUGUUGUACGAUUUUUAGGAGUGCACAGAACCUGCCACUGCAUUUAGAGUAAGCAAAUGAGGGCAUUCCAUUCAUUUGAGUGAUACAUUUUGUAAGACAUUAAGUUUUAUAUACCAUCCACUAACCUUAUUAAGAAUACAAAUGAUAGUACUGAAAUCUUAACUGUCCAUUUUUCGCAAUUUAAACAUGUAACGCAUGGUACAUUUUCAGGAGUAUUUUCUGUAUCUCCUUGAUACUGUAUGAAGCAAAUAGGCCACUGGUUCAAACGUUUAUUUCAACUAUUCCCUGUAGUUCCGAUGAGCUGAACGUAUCAAACUGAAAGUCUGAGGAACAUAAAUGAAAAAGAGUUUUAAGUGUCAUUCAUAAGUCAGUAGUUUCUGCACCUCAUGUCAUUAGUAAGGUUAUAAGUUGAUAGCUUCCAUCAUUUCUGCACUGUGUAAUACAUUGGACAAAAAUGAGACUCUAUGCCUUCACAUUUCUAGGUUGCUUUAGGAAUUGUCCCAUAACACUUACCAUAGAUUUGCUUCUGGUAUCAGAAGUAGAGCAUUAUGGUUGCUUGCAGUGCAAACUCAUCAAGUCAGAUUCAUUCCAAGGAACAAAGAUCUUUAUACCACACAUUCUCAAAAUACCUAGCAGACAGAAAUUCAGCUUUGUGGUGAAUGUUUGAAAAAUCAGGGGUGUAUUAUGUUUAAGAUUUGUCUGGAAGUCAGAUAAUUCUCUAAAACAGAAUUCAAGUUCCAGCUAUUCUUGGGCAGCAAAUCAAGAGGUCUGGAUAUAUGAACUAGGCCAUUCAGAUAUUACUGUACAUGAAAAGACAAAAAAAUGGUUGCAAGGUUGGCACAGAUACAAUGGGACAGAGGUCAGAAUUUGGUAUGUGGUGAAUCCUGCCAAUAGAUUUAGGUAAGGCAAAUGAGAUUUGAGGCCAUACCAUUGCCAGUCAAAUGCCAACAAGGAUAAAAUGGAUACAGUUUUAAGUCUAAGAUAUUUUGGAAACAGCAUUUUUGGUAUAGUUUGUAGUACUUCGAUUGACGUAUGGUCUUUCUAGUUCAGUGCAUGAGUGUCCAUGUCAUGAGUUACUGAAUGCAUCGUACCUCACAUGCAGUGAAUCAUUCUUUUUCCAGACAGUACCACACUGACGCUAAUAGCUGGGAAUCCUUUGGCUACAGUAUCUCGUCUGGUAUGUGGUGAUAACAUCUGACGAUGCAAACAUAUCUUCAUCUAGUGCAGGCAAAAGUGAAUUUAAGCCAUAGCAUUUGGGAGGUAUCUCAGGUUUUGGCUAAAUCAUCAUAGAUGAACAAACCCCGGGAUAGUUCCUUUUCAUUUUACAAGUGCUGCCACAAUACUCAUCUGCCUUUGAAAUAAAGAUGCUCUUUUUUUUUUCAACAAGCAAGCCAUUCUGAGUGCUUCAGCUCAAGGACAGAGAUCUUCUGGUGGGGUUGUGCAUCAAAUAUAGACACUUUCGCUGUUAACUUCUCAACUUCUCUCCACAUGUGAUGUGGGAAAUGAUUUUACUUUUCAAAUAUUUACAUGUAAUGUUGCUACCAUAGCUAACUGUAAGUUGCAAUAAUUAAAACAGUCUAUCCUCAAUGUAAAAUGGAAUAUAUUUAUAAACAGAUCUAGAUCUUCUUUAAAAGAAAACAAAGGAUGCAUACUUAAGCUAAUGGAACCAAUUGUGUGCGAUUCACAAUUUGUCGCACAGCACUUUGGAUUAGUCUCAUGAAGAUGACUUCCACAUGUUUGGUGUGACUUCCACUGUUAUUUUUGUUUUUCAUCCACUUCCUACAAUUGAGUAAGACAAUAUACUUCUUAAGCAGGUCAUCCACUUGUGAGGAUGGAGAUGCAAAAUCAGGCACCCAAGGACUUAAGAAUACAUUUCAUUAGUUUAAUUUUACUUUGCAAUUUUUUUUACUAUUGGUAUUGAUGCGUUUUACUGCCUCAUUUGAGGCCAUGUCUUUAGCUUUUACUGAAAUCAAAUUGUCUGAUUAUAUUACACUGAUGAGAAAUAUUAACUGUCAGAGUUUUUAUUUGCAAACACAUUAAUGGCCACCUAUAUCUGUUUAUGAACAGAUCAUUUAGAAAUACUUCAGUGUAUAAUGGCUGACAAGUCAGCAGUUCUGUUGCUUGGAAUAAAUUGUUCAUUAAUUAAAGUAUAUGUAGUUGCUUCA